AUGGCUGCCCUUCAAACCUUCAUCAGGGUAUCAUUUGUAGCUAUGCUAAUCGAAAUCGCAAUGGCAGAAAAUCACAUUGUAGGAGGAUCUAAUGGCGGGUGGGAUACAAACACGAAUCUUCAAGCAUGGGCAUCAUCCCAAAAGUUUUCUGUGGGAGACAAACUCAUAUUUCAUUAUCCUCCUAAUCAUGAUGUGGUUGAAGUUCCAAAGGCAGGUUAUGACUCCUGCCAGCCAACCAAUCCAGUCAAGUCCUACAGUGAUGGCGCCACAACCAUCCCUCUUACUUCUCCGGGGAAGAGAUACUUCAUCUGUGGAACAAUAGGACAUUGUGGCCAGGGUAUGAAGAUUGAAAUAGACACUCUUGCAAGUGCAGCUUCUUCCAUAUCUCCAACAGAAUCUCCUUCACCUGCGGUUUCCCCAGUGACCCCUAUUGCUCCCUCCGCUGAGUCCCCGGAUAUUGUCAAUUCAGCAGCAGAAUCUCCAGAAUAUACUUUGGCAGCUCCCAGUCCGCUGUUUGACACACAUCUGGAUAGCCCUACUUUCUCCCCAGUCAUUCCUUCUACUGAGCAGUCACUAGAUCCAUCAACUGCAUCAGCAGUGAAAGGAAACCUCCAGGCCUUCAUUGGAUUUGUGUUUAGCUUUCUAUUGAUGCCUUUAGUUUUCUAAAGAUAGGAUAAAUCUAAGUCUACCACUGUCACUCAUACUUGUGUGCGAGUUUUUCUGUUUCUUUCU